UUGUGAUCUGAUAGCUCAACAUUAAUUGUUACUACUUAGAGCCACCUGUCCAACCUUUGCAGUAAUGGGCUUUACAGAUGGGUUUUCUAUAAAAGUCGCUGCUUGAGCAAUAGGAAGCAAGAGGGAGAAAAAAUCUAACACAAUCAACAGCUUUAAAUUAGUGGGUUGCCCCCCGCAGCUAACAGACAAUUAGCUGCCAUAAAUCCACAGCUGAGUUCCGGGGGGGUAUUGUAAUGGCAGGAAUGCUGUUAGUGCUCUAAAAUUAGAGUCAGAUUCCAUGGCACCCUCAGAGAGCGAGUGAGCAAAUAGCCCAGAUAGAGGAUGGGAGCUGUCUGUCUGGGGAGUAGCCUCCGGGGCUAUUAGUAAGUCUGUCUGUGUGAUAAACCCUCAGGGGCUCAUUCCUGAAUGAAGACAGGCAGAUGCUAAGUGGUAGGAUACAUGGAGAAGCAUGUUAUGGGAUGUUAAGUGGUGCAAUGGGCCCUCGAGAACACUCUGUGAGGCAGGUGUUGCUAGUGACAAACGCAGACAACGGGGAUGGACUGAAAUUCAAAAGCAUCAACAGCCGAGCCUGUGAAUGGAGGGCCUAGUGGAGAGGACUAUGCCAAAAAAGGAGACUGGCUUUUUUCAAAAUGUAGUGAGUAGGGGGGUAGGAAAGAAUGGGUAUAAACCAUGUGAUCUCUGACAGCCAGAGAUAAAGGAGAGGGAACACAGGGUAAGAGUGUACAGCACAGUACAGACUCGAUGACAGAGCACACUCUCGGCCCGUAGGAAGAGGACAAUAAAAACACAAGAAUGGAAAGAUGCGACUCUUAAGAAAGUUGAAUAAAAACAAUGGACCGAAAGCUUAAAAACAAAUCAAACGGAACUAUGGAAAGUGACAAGGGAGAAACUACACGACUGGCUAAGGACCUAAGCCGACCGGUGAAGCUUGUCACGAUGGUCCUAACCUCUGUUCUGGUGGUUGUUACAGACCUUUGGGCUGGACUACUUGGCAGUGCCGUAUUCAGACGCCAUUUUCACCUCCUGUUGUCAGGUGUGGUUCUAUUUGGACCAGCCCUGAGUCUGUGGGUGUCCAAGUACAGCAUCUUUGCAAACAGGAACCACUACCUCUACAGGAUGUUCCUGCGAUCAGGCUGGGGCUGGACCUGUGUUUUCACUGGCUCCUUCAUCUUCCUCCUCUCCUUCUCCAUCCGUCGAUCCCUCGCUCUCUCCCUUCGCCACCUCUCACGGAUAGCCGCCGUGGGAGCACUGUGGUGGGGCUCUCGCAGUCUCCUGACUCUGCUGGAGAACAUGGCAGGCAGCUGCUACGAGCCCAUGCCUGCUACCCUGGAUGGGGGCCUGAACCUUGGCCAGGGAGCCGGUGUCCCAGGGAAGUCCUUACUCCUGCUCCAUGAGGGCGAGAGCAAGGCCUCCUGCCUGAAAGCGGGCAUGCUGUGGCGGGGAUGGGAGGUCUCGGAGGACGCUCUCCUCCUCUGCCUCUGCUGCCUGCUCCUGGCCGAGGAGACUGCAGUGUUGGGGCCCUACCUAGCCCUGGGAGGGCCCUCGGGGCCCCCGCUUCGCCUGCUCUUCCUGCUCUGCGUCUCCCUACUGGGUCUGUGGCUGUUUCUGCUGCUCUGUCUGCUGGCUUACUUCCCGCAGUUCCCCUCCCAGCUGCUAGGGGGAGCUCUAGGCUGUCUGGGCUGGAGGGGGAUGUAUCAGGGCUGGUAUCGCAUGCAGCCCAGCUGGUGCUGUCCUGGGUGGCCUGGAGAGGGACUUCUCACCACAGCUCAGAGAGAGCCAUACAGCGAGAGGGGUGUUCAUGAUGUGUGGCCAAAGGAUUAAUGUAUUUGGCUAGAAUAUUAUGUGAUGAAUAUUAUUUGCACCCUAGAUGAAAAUAAUAAAGGAUAUGACUCCAUAGCAAAAAGGUCUCUGCGUGAUAUUUUAUAAAAACUCAAACAAUUACAUUUUUGUUUGCCCUUUUCUGGUGCUUUUUAUAUUCAAUGGGAUAACUCCUCUAACACCAAG